AUAUCCUCUUCCUCAAUUAUCCGACCACAAAACAAAUCAACUGACAAAAGAAAAUGGCGCUACAAAUCCAAUCUUCGUGUUCCUUCUCCGCGAGACCCUAUCAUCUCCACCACCUCUACGCGAGCAUAAACCCUAGAUUCUCAAUCAAAUGUCAGAAUUCCCAAAUCGAAACCGAGACGACAGAGGAUCCGUCACAACCCAGGAAACCGAGCUCCUCCGGGGUUGGAUUCGGUUCGCCGGCUCCUUCGUCUUCUCCGGCUAAGAAAGGGAAAGGGAAGAAAGAGGUGAUCAGGCGCUCUCCUGUGGAGAAGCCUGUGUUCAUCAGUGAGGAAGGAGCGGCCAAGGCGGAGGAGCUGAGACGGAACGAGAAUGCUUUUCUUCUUGCUUGGCUUGGCCUUGGUGGCGUCAUCCUCGUCCAAGGCCUUCUUCUAGCUGCUUCAGGCUUCCUUCCAGAAGAGUUGGAUAAGCUGUUUGUGAAGUACGUGUAUCCGGUGUUCACUCCUUCUGUUGGAUUGUUUGUGGCUGGAACAACUGCAUAUGGAGUUCUCAAGUACUUACAAAAUGAGAAACUCAAGGAUCAAAAUUGAUUCGUACCUAUGGAUAUUUUGAGGUAGCCUGUGAUUGUGAGAGGUUGGUGUUUAAUGGUUUAGGGUAAGUGUGUUUGCAAAUGAAGUGGAUGGAUACUCUAGUAAGAAGAGUUUGUGUAUUGAUUUGAUCUUUGUCCUUGUAUAUGCAAAGAGAUGGUUAUGUAAAAAUAAAAAUAUGUUGGAAGAUAUAUUCAGAUUCUAUUAUCAUUUUAUCCUAAACAAAAAUCAGAGUCGAGCUAUGUAA